GAAGAAAUUGGACCAUCUAAAAGAAGAGUGAAACAGCGCAAGUAUGGUGCUAAAGAGGACCAUGUACGUUUGUGUGUAGUGGCUGAUUGUGAGGCGACUACGGUUAUUACCAGACAGACGAACAAGCUAUUGUUAUGUCGGAUGGUCGUUCACCAGCUACACCGGGCCACAAUAAUGACAACAACCCUAUUGUGUCCCACCAGGGACGUAAAUAGGGAAACUCCACACAUUUUUAGAAAUUUUAGAACCGAAGAAGCCCUUUGUACGAAAGGUGAAACGCCUUCAACAAACAAGAAGAGUCCAAUUGCCUCGAUUCAACCUUUGUGGAUUACCUUAACCUGGAUGACUGAGAAUCUACACAGACAUAUCUGACACUGUCCUACUUUCCAAUUUUUGAACACAAAUUAUCCUACUAACUUAUUCCAUGUUGACAUUUUCAAUUUACCAAUAAUACAGUAUAGGAGCCAUGAAUGACAGUGUGUGAUGAUAGGAUGAAUAGAGCACUCCCAUUUUGAACAAAGGUCAGUAAGCAAUUGGCAACUGUGGAUGUUUGCACUUGAUGACAUCCGUGGCACAGAUGAUCACAUGACAGCAUUGCAUCAUUCUGCUGCAUUCUAACCCAAACACCUGGAAACAUUGUACGUGCACUGGCCCAAGAGACUGAGCUGACUGAGGACUGUAGUAUUGUCCGAAGGACCGUGCAAACGAGGCUUAUAAAAGGAUCCCACCGUGGUUGGUUAUAGUGUAUCGAGAGGAGCCGCUUCAGCUCUCUGGGCUCCUCAACCAUGGCUCUCCUGGCCUACCUCAAGGGCCUGUUCAUCCUUCAGUUGUUGAUGGGCUUUGUGUUUGUGGUGAGCGGCCUCAUCAUAAACUUCAUCCAGCUGUGCACUUGCAUUAUCUGGCCAAUCAACAAGCAGCUCUAUCGCAGAAUCAACUGCCGGCUCUCAUACUCCCUCUGGAGCCAGUUGGUGAUGCUGCUGGAGUGGUGGUCCGGCACAGAUUGCACCCUUUACACUGACCAGGCUACGGUGGACAAGUUUGGCAAAGAACACGUCAUCAUCAUCCUCAACCACAACUACGAGAUCGACUUCCUCUGUGGCUGGACCAUGUGUGAAAGAUACGGUGUCCUUGGGAGUUCAAAAGUCCUAGCCAAACAUGAGCUACUGAAGGUUCCUUUGAUUGGCUGGACCUGGUACUUCUUAGAAAUAGUCUUUUGCAAAAGAAAGUGGGAGGAGGACCGUAAAACUGUCUUCAGAGGACUGGAAAGGCUUAAAGACUAUCCUGAAUAUAUGUGGUUUCUGCUGUAUUGUGAAGGUACCCGCUUCACAGAGAAGAAGCACCAAAUAAGUAUGCAAGUUGCAGAGAGCAAAGGCCUGCCCAAGCUGAAAUAUCACCUCCUACCACGUACCAAGGGAUUCACCACCACCCUGCAGUGUCUUAAGGGCACAGUGACUGCUGUUUAUGACGUGACACUCAACUUCAAAGAUAAGCAAACUCCCACUCUCCUGGGCAUUGUGAAUGGCAAGAAGUACAAAGCUGACAUGAGUGUAAGACGCUUCCCCGUUGAGGAGAUCCCAGAUGAUGAGACGGAGUGUGCCAACUGGCUGCAUAAGCUCUACCAGGAGAAGGAUGCUUUACAGGAAGCAUACAGCAAGGAAGGCAAGUUCCCCGGGCCCACAAUAAUCCCUCCUCGCCGACCUUGGACGCUGCUCAACUUCCUGUUUUGGGCCACCCUGCUGCUUUCGCCACUUAUCAACUUUGCUUGUGGAGUGGUGGUCAGCGGGUCACCCCUCCUCAUCAUUGGCUUCAUCAUCUUCCUCAUCAUAGCCUCCAUCGCCAUCCGCCGCCUCAUCGGCGUCACCGAGGUGAAGAAAACAGGCUCCAGUUACGGUGACCGGGAGACCAAGAAACAAAACUAAAGCGCGUUACCACCCCCUCCAUGUACGGAUGUUUCUGUUCACCCUGUGGCGUCUUGCCCUCAACUCCCUUUCUCCUCCUACCGUUGAAUCCAGGGUGAGUCGUGGAGGAGACCCCAGCUGUGAAACCACAAUAGAGACCAGACUUAGAAAUACUACAUAGUGGCACUAGAGUAAAAAGCAUGGGAGGGAGGUCUGCAGUUCCAGCUCACGGGUGUGUAGCACAGAACAUAAUGGGGGGGAGGGAUGCUGUACGGCAUCUUAAGCCAACCGGUGACCCACUUUCCACAAACAAGUCCCAUUAAAUCCUGGUAACACUGAUCUUAAACCUCUCACCUCCUAACCUACCUGUGGUUACAUGCUCACCUUAGCCCAUGUCCUGCUUGGCACUACCUCCCUCCACUUCCUGUCAGUUAUCAGUUAGUGCUCCGUGUUUUCUAUAUCAUUCAAAUGUUUACUUUCAGCUCGAGAGCCAUGACUGGAACACCAAUGUAAGACUAUUUAGGGAAACAUUCAUGUCUCAAAUUAAAAACGGCACUUUGUCAUUCACUCUGUCACCCGACCUGACCCCCUUAACAUCCUGUUUAGGAGGGGCCCGUGUCUACAAUAAGGGCUGUGCAUGUACCCAGAACACACCCACUUCCCGUCACCCCAAACACCAUUUCCAUGAAGUUUAAAAA